GUUGUCUCAGCCUACACCGCUGAAAGACUUGCAGCAACUCACUUCCUUUCACAGUUGGCUUUCGUAGUCCGUCUUAUAAACAGCAGAUCUUUUUGUCCUUGAAAAAGAAAAAAAAAACCCACACUGGCGAGAUGUCGUGCAAAGGAAUCUUGAAGAUACUUAUGGUCCUCUUCAACAUUGCGAUCUUUUUUGCUGGAGCUGCAUCUGUGGUCAUCGGAGUCUUGGUCGUAAUUAACAAGAAGAAUGUAUUUGGAACGCUGGAUAACAUUAAAGAUCUUCCCCCACAAUUAUCACAUCUGGCUAACGCUGGCUACCUGCUGGUGGCUGUCGGGGCCGUAAUCACCUUCAUGGGCUUUCUGGGCUGCUGUGGAGCCUGCUGUGAGAAUAAGUGCAUGCUCAUGACCUUUUUCAUCAUCAUCUUCAUUGUGUUUGUGGUGGAGGUGAUUGCAGCCGUACUCAUUCUGUUUUACGAGCCUAAGGCAGAGGAACUGCUGAAUGAAAUUCGAAAAAAAGUUGCUGAGAACAUCCAGAAGAACUACGGUGACAACGACAUCAUCACCAACACGUGGAACGAGACGAUGGCUCUGUUGAAAUGCUGUGGGUACAACAACUACACCGACUUCACUGGCUCCCCGUAUGUAAACCGCACCUCACAGUACCCCCAAUUCUGCUGCUCUACAGGAUCCGGGAAGUGUGAUCUUGGAAAUGCACAAUCACAGAACGUGGACGGCUGUUUCAAUGUUGUGGUGAAGUUGGUGAAGAAAAACUCUACUUUGCUAGGGGGCAUAGCUAUUUGUGUCGCCGCUAUAGAGGUCGCUGCAAUGAUCGUGGCUCUUAUCUUGUUUAAGAAAUAAACUUGGAACCCUGCAGAUGUAAGCACUGACCUCUCAACGGAUCAUGUGAUCAUCUAACAGGAUGCAGUAAUGAAAUCGAUGCAUAGUUAUCCCACACCUUAUAAACUGCAAUGUGUACAUAAAGAGCUUUUGUUGUAAUUCUAUUAUGUUUCAUUAAUAACUUCAUAAAAAACAAGCUGUGUUAAACAAAAUGGGGCAAAUGUAUUUCAGGCCAGUGAAAAAAGCUUUAUAUUUUAUAUACUGUAGUUUUAUCUUUGUUUAAGUGUACUUGAAAAAAAUGUCUCUUCAAGCCUUUUAUUUAUCAUUCACCUGAGUGGUGUUACACUCGAAACAGCCGUUUCUCAGGAAGUAUAAGUGUGAUGGAGUUGAAAUUUGGUAGACUUCGUGGCCAUGCUAAUCUGUAAGUGAACAUCUAACCCACCGAUUGAUUUGUAUUAUGGUUUAUUUGCACGUGUCAUUUAGAUAGAUUAUCACAGAGAAGUAUUUAACGGGUCAUUUUGGUGUUACAGGACCACUGAGUCCUCACACUUUUUCUCUGGUCACAUUCAUUUCCUGUUUGCACUACAUAAACAGCACAUGGACCAUUGCAUUAAAGCUUUAUAGUUUGCGUGUCAUUAUUGUGAGUUCUGAGUUGUUGGAAUUUUUGUCUAGCCAUUUUGGAUGAGCUUAAACAUCUGAUCAGUAUUUUGGUGAAGUUUUGGAUUUGUGUAAUAUGUGAUGAUUUUCUGUUUUUGACUCCGACCCUGCCUUGUUUUCCAAUAAACUUUUGCUUAUGGAUCCA